AUGACAUUGAGAAAUCCAUCAGUUGAAGAUGAAGGAGUUGCAAAUCUAUCAUCAAAUGAACAAAGCAGUCCAGGUGACCAACUUUAUUUAUAUGAAUUAGAAGCAUCCUUAAAGGAAGAACAUCAGGAACUGCAAGAUUCAAAGGAAAACUCAUCAAAUUAUAAUGAAGUUUUUGGUGAAUUAUUUUUCAAUGUAGAACAUAAUCAUGCAACUUGUCCAUCAAAUCCUAAUCAAAAAAAAGAAAAUGAGUAA